AUGUCGGAGAGCGUGAACGAUGCCUCGGAGUCCCGACGCUACGCUAAAGCACCUCAUCUCUGGGCGCUGGGCGUGGGCGCCGUCGUCAGCGGCGACUUUUUCGGCUGGCAAUCGGGCCUCGUAGCGGGUUUUGACGGACUGCUCAUCAUCCUGUCCUUCGUCACGGUGCUCUACGUGCUGCUGGCCUUCUCUAUCGCCGAACUGUCCACGACGGUACCGUCGGGUGGUGGUCCCUACGUCUUCGCACUGCAUGCCAUCGGCCCACGCGCCGCCUUCUUCGCGGGCCUGGCCGAGAGCCUCAAGGUCGUCAUCACCUGCGCGGUGGUGGUCACUGGCAUCAGCUCGUACAUGAACCAGCUACUGAGUCUGAGCUCGGACUACGGUCCAAUCUGGUGGCUCAUCUUCUAUGUGCUCUUCGUGUCGCUCAACAUCGUGGGCGUCGAGAUGACGUUCCGUGUCCAGGCCUUCACGACGGUCGUGUCGGUAUUGAUUCUACUGGUAUUUUACGUUGGCGCAGCGACCAAAGUAUCGUACACCGAGUGGGUGUCAAACGUGGGCUGGAAAUAUCCAGAAGGCUGGGAUGGCGCCGUCAAAGGCUAUUCUUUCGCUCUCUGGUUCUACCUCGGCAUCGAGGAGCUUCCUCUUGCUAUUGAGGUGACCGUCAACCCGGAACGCAACAUGCCGAUCGGACUUGUCACGUCAAUCUCCACGCUGGCGUGUCUGGCAUUCUGCACUGUUACUUUCAACUCGAUGAUCUCUCCGGGUGCCGAGGAAAUAUACAGCAGCUCGUCUCCCCUUCUCACUGGCUACCAAAGCGUGUUUGGUGACAAUAGCACUACGUCUGGUUUCUCUUGGAUGCUCAUUCUCGGUCUCAUUGCCAGUUUCCACUCAUUCGUCUUCUGUAUGGGUCAACUGCUCUACGCUAUUGCUCGUGAUGGCUAUCUGCCCCAGAUCCUGACGAGGCUACACCCUACUCGAGGCACGAUGUAUGUCUCAUUGAUCGCUGGUAGCUCCAUAGGCUUCACUGUCGUACUGCUGUUGCACUUUAUUAUCGGUGACACCCGUCUCGGGUCUGUGAUGAUCAACCUCGCGCUGAUUGGCGCCGUGAUUUCGUACAGCUUCCAACUGACCUCGUUCAUCAGCCUCCGUUUAAAGGAGCCGAACCGACCGCGCCCUUACUGUAGCCCUUUCGGAGUCCCUGGCGCCUUAGUCUCAAUGGCAUUGUGCGUUGCCGGCAUGGUGUCGAUUAUCUACAGCGGAACAUCGAGCUACGAGUUCCUGGCGUCCAUCAUUGUGGCAAUUCUGUACUUUGGCAUCGGCGCGGUGUACUUCUUCAUGCGGGUGAAGCCACGCAUCGACGCGGCUCCUACGCCGAAACUCCGUGAAAAUCUGUUGAGCAACACUUCGUCCAAGGUUUGA